GAAUGCAAGCAAAAUCAGAAAAGAUAAGAUCUUCCCUGAAGAAUGUAAAAAAAGAUACAGGAAAACCAGAGAAACUUAAAUAUAAGCCACUCACCGGGAAGGUGUUUUACCUCGAUAUUCCGUCAAAUGUGGUCUCUGAAAAAAUAGGGAAGGACCUCAAAGAGCUAGGAGGGAGAGUGGAGAGCUUUCUUAGUAAAGAUAUCAGCUAUCUGGUGUCUAAUAAAAAGGAAGCAAAAUUUGCACCAACUCUUGGUCAGAUUUCUCCUGUUCCAAGCCCAGAAUCUGCAUGUAAUGGAGGAAAUGGUUCACCUCAUCCUAGCAACCGAAAAGAUCGACGUGAUUCAAGUUCAUUUAAAAUAGUAGAUACAGUACGGAUGAGCAGAGGAAAAUCCUUAGUUGAAAAAGCAAUCAAAGAGCAGGACUUAAUCCCGUCUGGCAGUAUACUAUCCAGUGCUUUGAGUUGGGGAGUGAAGGUACUUCAUAUUGAUGAAGUUAAGAAUUACAUUGAACAAAAGAAAAAGGAGCUCUACCUAACCAAAAGAGCAGGCAGUUCUUUUAAAGAUGUGGGAAAACAGGUUACUGCUCCGAAGUCAAAAAGUAGACUGAAAAAUCCAUUUGUCAAGGUGGAAGAUAGAAGUCGCCGCUACCGACCGUUCUAUCUGCAGCUACCCAGUUUUCCAGCCCUGAACUACUGUGUCCCAAAACCCUAUAGUCCAUUUGAGGUAGAUAAGAAGCAUCCUUCUGGUCAAAGGCAAACUCAGUCCAAGCAAAGAAACAAAAUAAAUAGUGACAAGGACUGCGGAACUCCUGUUCAGCUCCCUCAGAAGGACAAGAAAAAGAAAGGAUAUUGUGAAUGUUGUGGGAAGAAAUAUGAAGAUCUGCAAACACAUCUUGAAAGUGAACAGCACCGAAAUUUUGCACAAAGCACGCAGUAUCAAGUUGUUGAUGAUAUAAUUUCAAAGUUUGUUUAUGAGUUUGUUGAAUACAAAGAUGACGCAAAAAAAAUAAAAAGGACAAAAUGUAGCACGGGCUAUUUUUCCCCUAUGGUUGGGAAGAUAACUAGGCCAGAGGAGCUGAAGGAACGGCUGAAAAAGCAGCGUGUUUCACUGCAGAGUUACUCGUGGAAGGACCCGGGGCCGCGGGCGCUCCGGCCGGGUCGGCAGCCGGCAGAAAUGCACCCAAACUGUGUGCCAGGGCCUGCCCCUGCAGUGCCUUACUGUCACCUGUCACAACCUUCAGAACUGAGAAGUAAGUUCAGAAAUAAUGAUGAAAAUACUAAAACUGCUUGCUCCUGUGCCUCAAACUUAAGUGAGGCUGUUGUGUCAUCGAAUUUCAUACAACCUCCCCCUCAGAAAGACGUCAAAGCGUGCGCCGAGAGCUUCCCUCAAGCUUAUGAGCCCUUCAGUAAAGAAAUACUGGAAGCAGAAGUAAAUAAAAAGAAUAUACAGUGUUUUCAGGAAGGCGUGUGUACUUUAUAUUCUCAUACACAAAUUACAGAUUUUGGUGAAAAAGACAAAAACCUUUCACAGCCAAAACGAAAACUAAAUAAUGCAGUGGUUCUACCAGCAAAGUGUUUGAAAAAAACAGAUGCCAAUCCUACAUUUGUCAAGAACCAGGGUGAUUUCUGUGAUAAGCAUCAGCAGCUGCAGCACGAUGUUGUUCUGGAGGCUGAGGUGCCUGAUCCUGCUGUAAACAAAGACCUCAAUGAGGUGGCUGCCAGCAGUGCACACAGCUCACCCUCUGGAAAACUGCGCAGGAAAGUGAAGCUGUACUUGGGAAAAAAUAAAAGAGAAGCCCAGAAACAGAAUGUGGAGUUGUGUGUGAAGUACACAGAGGGACUGGCUGUGCCUGAGGAGAAGAGAAGUUCUUGUAGCUCACCAGUGCAGGCCCUACUGGAAUUAUUUCAGUCAAGUGAAGUAAACUCAGAAUUUGGAGGCUUUUCAGGUUACACUGAGACCAAAGGUUCAACGAGCAUAAAAGAUAUAUGGGAAGGGCAGAAUGCAAAUAUUAUGUGGUCAUUAUUUUCUUCUUCAUCGUCAUCCCCAUUUGUUGGAUUUUAAUGCUGCUUUAUUUAAUGUAAUGAUUUUCAAAUAAACUUGCAAAUUUCAGAUUUUGUUCAUGGAAACUUUAAUUGCUGUAUUCUGUGUACAGAUGGUUUUCAAGUUUUCAAUGCAAAAACUUCUGUGUAUGUAAAUAUGAAAAAUCAAACUAA